AUGUCAUCAGGUACUUCCGCAGUUGCUCAGUCUGUGCCAUGUCUUCCACUCCAUGUCAGCCGGCAGGCAAAUUGGUACCCCUACCUGUUCCUCGAAGGCCCUGGUCCCCAUCUGGGAAUUUACUUUGUCACUGACCUGCCCAACUCUGAAGUUUCUGAAUCCUCCUCCUUUCCUGAUGAAGAGCACUACUCAGACACUGGUCCAGAUCGCUGCAGAACAUGUGCUGUGGUGGGAAACUCUGGGAACCUCCUGGGAUCCCAUUAUUGGCCUCUCAUAGAUCUUCAUGACUUUGUCAUCAGGAUAAAUAAGGGUCCAACAGAAGGUUAUGAGAAGGAUGUGGGCUCUAAGACCACUCACCGGAUUCUCUACCCUGAGAGCGCAGUGGAUGUAGACAACUCAGCCCACCUGAUUCUUCUGCCUUUUAAGAUUAAAGACAUGCACUGGCUCACCAGUGCCUUCACCACUAAACACAUCACACGCACUUACACUGGAGUGAGACCUACAGUAAACGCUAACAGAGACAAGGUGAUGAUCAUCCAUCCUGGAUUCAUUAAAUACGUCUAUGAGAGCUAGCCAGAACAUGGCAGAUACCCAUCCACUGGAUUCCUUACACUGAUAUUCGCUCUGCACAUCUUUGAUCAGAUAGAAGCUUUUAAUGAAACCUCUUGA